UUUGUCACUAUCCGGAAUUUGCAGCUCACUUGAAGUCCUGCGGUAUGGCACAGGGGCAAGAGGCUGCUCCUGAGUGAGUGUAUAAUGUCCGCGACGAAAAUCGGACUAGUGCAGAUGGGACUUCAAGUGAAGAGUACAUAUUUAUUACAGGAAGAGAUGUCACAGAAGAGGAAAGUGUUAAUGGUAUGUUUAGGAAACAGUUGUCGUUCUCCGAUUGCAGAAGCUGUGUUCUGUGAUCAAUUGAAACGAAUGAAUAUGAUUGAUUUUUGGGCAGUAGAUAGUGCUGCACUUUUGCAGUAUCAUGUAGGUAAAAGUCCAGAGCCUAGGGCUAUGAGCACACUUAAAGAAAAUGGUAUCACACAAUAUGUUCAUACAGCAAGAUUGAUUCAAAAAGCAGAUUUCUAUAAAUUUGAUUGGAUAUUUGGUAUGGAUAGUGGAAUAGUUUAUGAAUUAUGUAAUAUGCAACCAGAAGAUAGUCAAGCAAAAAUUGAACUUCUUGGAAAAUAUGAUCCAACUGGAGAACUUAAUAUACGAGAUCCCUUAUUUGAUGAGGACAGUGCUGGAUUUGAAAAAGCAUUCAAACAGGCUAACAGAAGUAUAGAGGCAUUUUUAAACCAAUAUUCGGCUGUUUCAUCUAUGGAUUCGAAUUAACUAUGAUAUUACGUUAUUAUAUUACUAAAGUAUUUAAAUUAUCUGAGAUCCAAAUAGAUAGAAAACUUGUAAGUAUGAAAAACAUUUUUAUUUAAGUUUACGUCCACUUACAUACACUCCCGCUAUGUUGCGAUCAUCUCCAGAAUAUAUUAACUUUUCAAGCUUUUCUUCUAAAG